AUGUCAACUUUCAAAAAUAGUUCUUCUCAUAUCUUCAAAUCUCGCAUUUUUAAUCGAAGCAGCUAUCAAGUCCCUUACAUGACAAAUCCUUUUGGAAAAUAUAUGUCUCAGUUCAGCAAAACUGUUGUACGCGUUCAGACAAGCCAACCAAAGGUAGAGAGGCCUGUGCUUAAAGAAAAAAAUUUAAAUAGAAGCCAAUCUCCGGGGUCGUGCUCUAAUCAAGCAUCGACUUGCUGUGAUAGUUUUGAAAAUUGCUCACAGAGAACUUCAAGAUCAAGUUCAGCUCCUAAAUUAUUGAGACCGCCAAUUCCAACGUCACAUAACUCAAAACCGAAAAGAAUUAUGAGGCCAAAAUCAAUGGCAUUUCAUAAAGUAUCAAAUGGCUAG